CGUUGCUCUACGCCGCGCAUCUCAUCUUCCCGCUCACGCCCAACUUGGUCCAGAUACUGUUCGAUACAUAGAGUCCUAUCGAGUGCAUCGUUGCUUGUCUGGCCGCACAGUCGGAACAGAGGUCCACGAUCGGGCUGCUGCCUGACGACUAUCGCCAGUAUUGAGGGCUACUGCUGCGGCGUUGGCGCUGGCGCUGGCAUUGUUUGCUGACUGAUCUGACCUUCCGCACCUCUUCCUGCCUCCAAGAUGACAAGCUCGAUCUACUACAAGUUUCGCUCACAAAAGGAUGCCUCCACGAUCACAUUCGAUGGCACGGGCAUCUCGGUCUUCGACAUCAAGAAGGACAUCAUCGCUGCCAACAAGAUGGGCGGCAAGGCAAGCGAUUUUGACUUUGCCAUCUUCAAUCCAGAGACGGACGAAGAGUAUCGACAUGACUCGACCAUCGUACCUCGCGCGACAACCGUGCUCGCCAGACGGACUCCCGCCUCGCGACGCGGCCAAGGCAAUGCACAAAAGUAUAUCGUCGAUGAGUCUACACUUCACGCGGCUGCGACGACCGUCUCGGCUCCUUCCUUGCCCUUCCAAGCCAAAGGUCCAAUGUCAAUGAGAUUCGACAACGCUGCAGCCACUGUGCCUGCAGGUGACGAUGAGGAGUCUCGGCUUGCCGCCAUGUUUGCUCAAUCCGGCCAGCAAUGGGAGCAGCAGUCCUCCCAACUCUCAAACAUGAGGGGUCCACGACCUUUUGCGCCUAUCGGCAGCAAGCCGGGAGCUGCACCUCCGCGGCCCGGCUUUGUUCAUGGCAUUCAGCGUGGACCGCCACCGGGCGACUAUACGUGUCAUCGAUGCGGUCAGCGGGGUCAUUGGAUACAAGACUGUGCGACGAACAGUGAUCCAAAUUUUGAGAACAAACCCAAACUUAGGCGAACGACUGGUAUCCCUCGCAGCUUCUUACAGACAGUCGAGGCGCCCACGGAAGGGGCUGCGGCAGGUGUCAUGGUCACUGCUGAUGGUGGCUUUGUGAUUGCCCGUCCUGAUGCUGCAUCGUGGGCGCAACGCAAGACCGGUCGCAAGAAUCUAACGCCAGCCGAUGUGCAAAACCUCGAACCGACUGACCCGGACUUGAGCUGUCCGAUCUGCGCAAAGCUCCUCAAAGAUGCGGUCAUCGUACCUUGUUGCUCUACGUCUUUCUGCGAGACUUGCAUACGACCCUAUCUCGAGAAGAACAGCAUGAUCUGUCCAGAAUGCGAGAGCAAGGUCAAAGGUCUCGAUGCGCUCAAACCUGAUGAAGAUCGUCGGACGCGCGUGAAGGAAUAUAUUGCAGAGAUGGUCGAGCAAUCUCGCGACGACAACGCGCCUGGGGCCAAGACGGAAGAUGGCAAAGAGGAAGAAGGGGAAGUCAAGGCUGAAGACCAGUUGGCGGAGGAGGCAAAGCCUGAAGACUGCACGAGCGAAGACCAGAAACCAAAGGUGGAAUCGCCUUCAAACGAAGCGGAAGCAGGCAUUGCGCCGGCAGAAGCCGCUGCGCCAGCUGUCAAUGGGCUUUCGGGCAUGAUGGAUCCAAUGUGGAUCCAGACUCAGAUGAUGCAGUGUCUCAUGAUGAUGAAUAACCCAGCACUGCCGCCGCCGAUGCGCAUGCAAGCGGGCUUCCAGCUACAGCAGUUUCAGGCAAUGGCAGUUGCAGCUGGCUUUGCCCAGCCGCUGCCUCAGCAAGAUCAAACCAGAGGGCAGAAGCGCGGUGCGCAAGACGAUCGAAAUGGCCCCACCUCGCGUCCUCGCUAUCUCGACUAAAG